UUAGUAAAUGUCGGAACGUCGCGGCCAUAAAACCGCCUGCUCUAUAUGGAUAAAUACUCGUGCUGGGAAGGAAGCAAAAGCAAUGCCGAGAACCAAGUACAACACUGACCAAGGAGCGAUGGACCAGCAAUUCUGCUUACGCUGGAACAAUCAUCCCACAAAUCUGACCGGCGUCCUCACCUCCCUGCUGCAGCGUGAGGCGCUCUGCGAUGUCACGCUCGCCUGCGAGGGCGAAACAGUCAAGGCCCAUCAGACCAUACUGUCCGCCUGCAGUCCAUAUUUCGAGACGAUUUUCCUACAGAAUCAACAUCCACAUCCCAUCAUCUACUUGAAAGAUGUCAGAUACUCAGAGAUGCGAUCUCUGCUCGACUUCAUGUACAAGGGCGAGGUCAAUGUGGGCCAGAGCUCGCUGCCCAUGUUUCUCAAGACGGCCGAAAGCCUGCAGGUGCGCGGUCUCACAGAUAACAACAAUCUGAACUAUCGGUCCGACUGCGACAAGCUGCGCGACUCGGCCGCCAGCUCCCCCACCGGCCGCGGACCCUCCUCCAGCUAUGGGGGCGGCGGCCUCGGGGUGGGCGACGGGGUGCGAGACUCACGCGACUCCCUGCGCUCCCGCUGCGAACGCGACCUGCGCGACGAGCUGUCGCAGCGCAGCAGCAGCGUGAAUGCCGCCGCCGCGGCUCUGGGCCUGACGACGCCCAGUGCCGGCGAACGAUCUCCCAGCGUGGGCAGCGCCAGUGCGGCAGCGGCGGCCGCGGUGGCUGCUGCUGCUCUGGCGGCCGCUGCUGCCAGUCGCAGUGCCAGCGCCGAUGCCCUCAAUAGUCGCGGCGAUGCAUGCAGCGACCGUGGCAGCGAGCGGGGCACCCUCGAGCGGGCCGACAGUCGCGACGAGCUGUUGCAGCUCGAUUACAGCACCAAGGACAACAACAACAGCAACAUCAGCAACAUCAGCAACACCAGCAACAACAAUAACAACAACAACAGCAGCAGCAACAACAACAACAAUCGGGAGCGGGAACGGGAGCGGGAACGAGAGCGGGAAAGAGAACGAGAGCGGGACAGCAGCAGAGACCGCGAGAGGGAGCUCUCCACCACCCCGGUGGACCAGCUGAGUAGUAGUAAGCGCAGACGUAAGAACUCAUCAUCCAACUGUGAUAACUCGCUGUCCUCGAGCCACCAUGCGAACGCGGCCCAUGCCCAGGACAGGCACUACCCGCAGGACUCUCAGGGCAACUUCAAGUCGAGCCCCGUGCCCAAGACAGGUGGCAGCACAUCGGAGUCCGAGGAUGCGGGCGGCCGUCACGACUCGCCGCUCUCGAUGACCACCGGCGGCCACCUGGGCGGCGGUGGGGGCAAUGUGGGCGCGACCAGUGCCCUGAGCGGCCUCAGCCAGUCGCUGAGCAUCAAGCAGGAGCUGAUGGACGCCCAGCAGCAACAGCAGCAGCACCGGGAGCACCAUGUGGGCCUGCCGCCCGACUACUUGCCGAAGCUGCACGCGGAGGAAAUGUCGACGCUGCUGUCGCAGCACGCCCUGCAGGCGGCGGACGCGCGCGAUGAUCACAACGACGCCAAACAGAUGCAGCUCGAUCAGACGGACAACAUUGACGGCACCAGCGCACGGAACCACCUAUCGACACCGCUCUCGACCUCCUCGUCGGCCUCGCCGCCGCCGGCCGUCUUCGGCAUGCACCUGUCCGCGGCCCUCAAGAGCGAGUACCAUCCGCUGCACUACAUACGCGCCGCCGGCAACGGCCACAACAAUCCCGCCGGAACGCCGCCUGCGCACGGAUACAGCGCGGCCCAGGCCGCGGCCGCCGCCCUGGGUGGCGCCUCGACACCCACCGGCGCCGGCGGUGGUGGGGGCCACAACUCACAUCACACCAUGUCCUAUCACAACAUGUUCACGCCGUCCCGCGACCCCGGAACGAUGUGGCGCUGUCGCUCGUGCGGCAAGGAGGUCACCAACCGCUGGCACCACUUCCACUCCCACACCGCCCAGCGGUCCAUGUGCCCUUACUGCCCGGCCACCUACAGUCGGAUCGACACGCUCCGGUCGCACCUGCGCGUCAAGCACCCGGAUCGCCUGCUCAAGCUGAAUUCGUCCAUUUAAGGGCGUGGCGGGGGCCACCAUCCGGGCCAAAGCAGCUACCACCAACGCCACCAUCACCCCCAGGAACGACAGCAGCAGCAACAGCAACAGGAUUACUACAACAGCAACUAUAGAUACAGAUUCAAACAGAGCGAAAGAUUCGUGUAGAUCGCUGCUCCUCUCCAAAGUAUAGGAUGUCAUUUUUCCUAGGGUUCUCGCAAUUCGUUAUAGGAUCUUCUUGCAUUUAGUCGUCUGUACAUUGCCCCAGACCCAUCCGAGCUACCCAAGCAAUAACCCAAACUAGUAGAACCGAAGAUGCUAAAACUUAAUCCUAUGGCAGGCCAACAGCUACGCUACGCACAAACAUUAUAGCGAUAAUGCUAACACUAACUAUAGCUAUUGAUAAACUUUGAAAGAUUGUCCUUCUAACAUGAUCCCAUCAACUUAUAGAUAAUAUAUAUACCAGGCUAUAUGAAUGUGUAUAACUAAACAAUAUCAACCAGGAAAGGUUUCAGUUGCUAACAAAGGGAGCGAGUUCCCCCGAACUACGACGGGGACAGAAAACAAGGAGUUCAAGUAGAACGGAUGUAACCAUAUUCUAGGGCUCCAACAAACCAACUUUAAGGUUUCUAAAUGUUGUUUCCUAACUAAAAGUAGUAACUAUUAUAAUGAAGAGAAGUCGCAGCAGAGAAAACACUAGGUUGAUUCAGUAGGCGUUACUUUGUUGGAGAGACCAACACACCAACAGCAACAACAACUACCACAGUCACCCACAACUACUACUCAUAAAAAGGUCACAUUAGAGCUUAGUUUAUCUUACUAUAUAUAUACGAUACGAUGUAAUUUUAACAAUACGUUCUGCGGAGUAUGCGAUGGGGCUACUCAACCAACUACAAAGAAAUUUUCAUAUACCUCAAAUGCAUUUCAGUUUUAUUGUUGAUUGCUUAAUUUUAAUCUAUGUAAUCGUUAGCACUUUAUACAUAUUAUUUUAAUCUUUUCCGAUUGUCUAGCUAAUAGUUCUCCAAAGUUAUCCUCUGUUUUUUUUUAGCUUGUUCGAUCUGUUCCCCUUAAAUUUCUGAUUUUAUCGUGUCCGUUAAGUUUAAGUUCUUUAGGAUUAGGUUGAACCACUUGAACCACCUCACUUUUUUUGUUAAGCUUUGUUUAUAUUUAUGGUCAAAUGAUUAUUUAGUUAAAGUACACAAGAAUACGUAUAGAAAUGAGAAUGGAAAUCAGAUGAUAUGGGAAGCUAAAGUAACAAAAAAAAAAAUAUGAAAAAAAACCAUAAAAAUUAUGUCUUGAAAUUCUUUAAAUUUAACUGUCUGCUCAAUCGGUACAAAAUUGGAAAAUAUUCGUUGUAGUUUUCAAUUUACAUAUAUUUAACGACUUCCCGGCUUCUUGGAUACGUCCCCGCAGAGACGGCAAAAGUAAUUAAUUUUAAACAUUUUGUGAUAGACAAAAUUAUGUUUCGGCACAAAACAAGUAGGCAACAAGCAACAAGCUAUAAUAUAACAAAAUAACAUAUAAAAUUCAAUGUGAUAUUUUCGGCACAAAACUUUACAUAAAAACUUUCAAAAAAAUAAUAAAAAAAUAGGAAAUGAAAAGGAGAGGCAACAUUUGGCUAAGGUUGCUGCCCCUUUGGAAAUUUAUCUAGGUGAAGAUUUUUGUUAUAGAUUUAUUCAAAAUUGUUAUCUUUCGGUCCAAAGCACAAAAUGUAUAAAAUUAUUUCUAGUUAACCCUUCCCCUAAAUAUACUUUUACCUUAACUUUAGACCCUACAUUUUACAUACAUACAUACUUGAUUUCCUAAUUUUAAGUUCCGUGCUCUGUUUCGUUGUACUCGUAUGCAUGUGUGUGUGUACUGUAUACAUGUAUUUUUGCGAGAAAAUAUAUACAUACAUAUACGCGCAAGAUGAUAAUUUUAUUUAGUUUUACGUUGAUUUAGUUGCGACACUUUAAGCCAAUAAACUACUGAAAAACACACACAAGAAAACUGAAACAGAAA